GCGCAUGCAGACGGCCGGGAUUACAGGGUUUCUGUGCGUGUUUACGCUCAUCUGUGACACACUCCUCUGGCUCCCUGCCACCGCGCAGUAUUUAUAGUCAUACAUCAGUAAUCAGCACUCAAGGAUUCCUCUCGAAACAUCCCCUCACCGGUAAACUUGGGCUGACAGAGAGGCGCGCGGAGGGGUUGGAUUUAGGAUCCACCUGCGGUGAUGAAGGAGCGCGCGGCGCCUCAAGGUUUAAGGUGAAGCUGCCAGCUCUGGACACCUGUAAACAUGCUUACCACCUCAGACCAGUCCCUCGCCGUUUCACCGAACCUCAACUUUCCAGGAAGCUGUGGUCACCGGAGAGAGAUCCACGUCCAGUCCUCCCUGUCUCUGCCUGAACCCGAGAGCCCGAAAAGAUCCGGCCCCGGCGUUCGUCUAGGUCUGGCACAAGGAGCCCGUUCCUGCUCCCUGCAGGUUCCUCCCGCCGUCCCGGAGUACCUGGGCCUGCCUCCCCGAGCAGCAAGCUUCGAUGUGCCUUGUAGUCAGAACGAUGGCUCGUCUGAUCAAGGCUCGGGGUCUUUGAGCCCUCAUGGCAAGCGGCGGCGGCGAGGGGGGAUUCUGGAGCAGAAGGACAUCAUCAUGGCACACCAAGCCCAUAAGAUCCAGAGCACGCCUCAAGCCCGCAGGAAGGAGUGGGAGAUGGCUCGGUUUGGAGACGAGUCCGCUCCCGCCACGGGGGACUGUGGGGAUGGCGACUUGGAGCGCAGCGGCGACGGGCAGGACGCGGCGGCGGCGGGACUCACGGCGUCCAUGAAACAAGCCAAAGCACAACGGGCCCGGACCAUGGCCCUGUACAACCCCGUCCCCCACCGGCAGAACUGCCUCACCGUCAACAGGUCGCUCUUUAUAUUUGCAGAGGACAACAUCAUUAGGAAAUACGCGAAGCGCUUCAUUGAAUGGCCACCCUUUGAGUACAUGAUCCUGGCCACCAUCACUGCUAACUGUGUGGUCCUCGCUUUGGAGCAGCACCUACCUGGAGAAGACAAGACGCCCAUGGCAAAGAAACUGGAGAAGACAGAGCCGUACUUUAUUGGGAUUUUCUGCUUUGAGGCUGGGAUCAAGCUGUUGGCUCUUGGCUUUGUUUUCCAUAAAGGAUCCUACCUAAGAAACGGCUGGAACGUCAUGGACUUCAUUGUCGUUCUCAGUGGGAUCCUGGCCACAGCUGGUGCCCACAUGAACAUCCCUGUGGACCUGCGGACCCUCAGGGCUGUGCGAGUGCUGAGACCUCUCAAACUCGUCUCUGGAAUCCCGAGUUUGCAGAUCGUGCUGAAGUCCAUCAUGAAGGCCAUGAUCCCCCUGCUCCAGAUCGGCCUGCUCUUGUUCUUUGCCAUCCUGAUGUUUGCCAUCAUCGGGCUGGAGUUUUACAGCGGGAAGCUUCACCACACCUGCAUGCCAUCGUACGACAUUCUCGAUAACGAGACUGUUGACUCAUCUGAGCUGGCAUUUGCAUGCGGUGUGAGGAAAUGUCCAGAGAAGUAUGAAUGCAAUGACACCUGGAUUGGGCCCAAUGAUGGCAUCACACAGUUUGACAACAUCCUGUUUGCUGUUCUCACCGUCUUCCAGUGCAUCACCAUGGAGGGAUGGACGGCUGUGCUCUACAACACCAACGAUGCCUUGGGUCCUACAUGGAACUGGAUAUACUUCAUUCCUCUCAUCAUCAUCGGCUCGUUCUUUGUCUUGAAUCUGGUGUUGGGAGUUCUGUCAGGAGAAUUUGCUAAGGAAAGAGAGAGGGUGGAGAACCGAAGGGCCUUCAUGAAGCUACGCCGGCAGCAGCAGGUGGAACGAGAGCUCAAUGGCUACAGAGCUUGGAUUGACAGGGCAGAGGAAGUGAUGCUCGCAGAGGAGAAUAAAAAUUCAGGGAGAUCACCAUUAGAUGUGCUAAAGAGGGCGAGUAAGAAGACAGGCGCACGGAGAGGUGCGCCGGGAGAUGACAAGUUUGCUGACACAUCCACUGCCAGCAUGUCACGAUCAAGAAUGAACUUCCGCAGUGGCCGCCGUGGUCCGGCCGCUUACCUGCGGCGCAAGGAGCGCAUGUUGCGCAUCUCCAUCCGCCGUAUGGUGAAGACUGACACCUUCUAUUUGAUGGUGCUGAGUCUGGUGGCUCUCAACACCAUCUGCGUGGCCAUCGUGCACCACGACCAGCCUGACUGGCUCACCAUCUUCCUCUACUAUGCAGAGUUUGUGUUCCUGGGGUUGUUUUUGGCUGAGAUGUUUCUGAAAAUGUACGGUCUUGGUUUCCGGCUUUACUUCCACUCAUCAUUCAACUGCUUUGACUGUGGGGUCAUUGUUGGGAGCAUCUUUGAGGUAGUUUGGGGCUUCUUCAGACCCGGUAUGUCCUUCGGUAUCAGCGUACUGAGGGCACUGAGACUCCUGAGAAUUUUUAAAAUCACAAAAUACUGGGCAUCCCUCAGAAACUUGGUUGUUUCUCUCAUGAGCUCCAUGAAGUCCAUCAUAAGCCUGCUUUUCCUGCUUUUCCUCUUCACUGUGGUGUUUGCUCUCCUUGGGAUGCAGCUCUUUGGAGGGAGGUUCAUCUUUGAAGAUUACACUCCCACCAACUUUGACACGUUUCCAGCUGCCAUCAUGACAGUGUUUCAGAUCCUGACCGGGGAGGACUGGAACGAAGUGAUGUAUAAUGGGAUUCGGUCUCAGGGAGGUGUUCAGUACGGCAUGUGGUCGUCCAUCUACUUCAUUGUGCUGACGCUGUUUGGAAACUACACGCUGCUGAACGUCUUCUUAGCCAUCGCAGUGGACAACCUCGCCAAUGCACAGGAGCUGACCAAGGAUGAAGAGGAGGAAGAAGAGUUCUUCAAUCAGAGAUAUGCCAGGGGAAGAGAUGGCCUGAUAUCUGAUGGCAGAAGAAGACCCUAUCUAUACAGAAAACGGGCGAUCCAUAGAGGGCGACCAAAUUUCCCAGACGAGCCUGAUGGUCCAUCUGGGGGCGUAGAUGAGCAGCCGGUCCAUGGCCCCAGUGCCUUUGCCAACCGCAGAGAAAGGAGGAGGAAAGUUAACAUGUCUGUCUGGGAGCAGAGAGCCAACCAGCUAAGAAAACGCCGUCAGAUGGCGAGCAAGGAGGAGCUGUUUAGCGCGCCGACAGAAGACACAAUUGAAACCCCCACCAUCCCCCACCACCCACCUGCCAUUACCCCAGAGGCCAGCCCAGCUCACCUGCCAGAGUCCCCCAUGUCCAUAGGGAUGCCCUUACCUGAGCCGCCAAUGUCCAUCACCAUCCCAAUGCCCGAGCCCCCAGCAGCUGGACCUCUGGUGACCCUGAGCGAAGAAAAAACGUCAGGACCAAACCACCGGACGACGGGAGGGGGCAGACACAGGAUGGCUCGGAAGUUCAGGUCCAGUCAGGGGCCUGAAGAAGGGGCCAGGCACAGACGACAUCGUCACCGGGAAGCCCGUACUGAAGUCAAGAGUCUGGACAUUAUGCAGUCUCCACAUGAGGUGCCUCAGAUCCGACGAUCGCUCAGCCAGGAGAGGAAGAUCCUGGAUGAAAGAGAGGAGACGGAGGACAGAGAUGAGAAGGAGAGAGCAGAAGGAGAAGGAGAACCUGCCCAGGAUCAUGAUGGAAUGUGCAUUUCGAACCCAUAUGAAGAUGUUGGGGAGGACGGAGGAAGCUCUGUUCCUCCAACAAGUGAGUUUCCUGAUCCCCCUCAAUGUGAGAAGCUGCAGGAUUGUACUUGGUCCGAACAGGGGGAGGGCGACCACUCGGAUUCCCACAAUGCCCUGAGUGAAAAAACCCCCUUAGAGACUGCUGUGGAGGCCACAGAGUCUACAGGGAGCGCCCUUGAGUCAGAGAAACGCCAGCUCUCCAUCAAACGUGACAAGUUCAAGCAGGAGGGCAGCGUGGCAAUUGAAAUGUCUGCACAGCCCCUUCUGGAGCUCACACCCGUGACAGUGAACAGUAAAGAACUGGAGGCGUAUCAUUCUGAGCAGAAAGAUAGAGAUGAGGAGACGGAGGAGGAGGAACCUCCGCUCCCUCCAAAACCUGUGGUCCCAGACAGCAUGUUCAUUUUCAAGGCUUCCAACCCAAUCAGAAGGAUUUGUCACUAUGUGGUCAAUCUGCGGUAUUUCGAGAUGACCAUCCUCCUCGUGAUUGUGGCCAGCAGCAUCGCGCUGGCAGCUGAAGAUCCUGUCUGCACCAAUUCAAACAGAAACAAGGUGUUGCGAUACUUUGACUACGUCUUCACUGGAGUGUUUACCUUUGAAAUGAUCAUAAAGAUGAUAGACCAGGGUCUCAUUCUGCACGACGGCUCCUAUUUCCGAGACAUGUGGAACCUCCUGGACUUCAUCGUAGUGGUGGGAGCUCUGAUCGCCUUUGCUCUAACGAAUGUGAUGGGGAACAACAAAGGCAGAGACAUCAAGACGAUAAAGUCCCUCAGAGUUCUAAGAGUCCUGCGGCCUCUCAAAACCAUCAAAAGACUUCCAAAACUCAAGGCGGUUUUUGACUGUGUGGUCACGUCUCUAAAGAAUGUGUUCAACAUCCUCAUUGUGUAUCAGCUCUUCAUGUUCAUCUUUGCUGUCAUCGCAGUGCAGCUCUUCAAGGGGAAGUUCUUCUUUUGCACCGACAGCUCCGUGAACUCAGAGAAGGAAUGUCGAGGUUUCUACAUCGACUACAGCAGAGACAAGAAGGAGGUCAAGAGGAGAGAGUGGAAGAGACACGAAUUUCACUAUGACAACGUCUGCUGGGCCUUACUCACGCUGUUUACUGUGUCGACCGGAGAAGGAUGGCCUCAGGUCCUUCAGCAUUCCACGGAUGUCACAGAGGAGAACUUGGGGCCGAGUCGCGGGAACAGAAUGGAGAUGUCUGUUUUCUACGUGGUUUACUUUGUGGUCUUCCCUUUCUUCUUCGUCAACAUCUUCGUGGCUCUCAUCAUCAUCACCUUCCAAGAACAGGGAGACAAAAUGAUACAGGAGUGUAGCCUGGAGAAAAACGAGAGGGCCUGCAUUGACUUCGCCAUCAGCGCAAAGCCCAUGACCCGAUACAUGCCACAGAACCGACAAACCUUCCAGUACAGGUUGUGGCAUUUUGUGGCGUCGCCUUCUUUUGAGUACACAGUCCUGGUCAUGAUUGCCCUCAACACUGUUGUUCUGAUGAUGAAGUAUCACUCGGCGCCAACAGCUUAUGACACUGUGCUGAAACACCUAAAUACAGCGUUCACUGUGCUCUUCUCCAUGGAGUGCAUCCUCAAGAUCAUGGCGUUCGGUUUUGUGAAUUAUUUUCGAGACACGUGGAAUAUUUUUGAUUUUAUUACCGUUCUUGGAAGCAUCACGGAAAUAGUGGUGGAUUUGCAGUCGGUGAAUACCAUCAAUAUGAGUUUCCUGAAGCUUUUCAGAGCAGCUCGGUUGAUCAAGCUGCUGAGGCAGGGCUACACCAUCCGUAUUCUCCUGUGGACCUUCGUGCAAUCCUUCAAGGCUCUUCCUUAUGUCUGCCUGCUAAUCGCCAUGCUUUUCUUCAUAUACGCCAUCAUUGGAAUGCAGGUGUUCGGAAACAUCAAGUUGAAUGAUGAGAGCCACAUUAAUCAGCACAACAAUUUCAAAACCUUUUUCAGCGCACUAAUGCUUUUGUUCAGGAGUGCAACCGGGGAGUCCUGGCAGGAGAUCAUGCUCUCCUGUCUCUCUGGACAGGAGUGUGAACCAGAUCCCUCCAUCGCUCCGCUCACCAUGUCUCCAGACCACGAGGGCGGCUGUGGGACUGACUUUGCUUACUGUUACUUCGUCUCCUUCAUCUUCUUCAGCUCGUUCCUGAUGCUGAACCUCUUUGUGGCUGUGAUUAUGGAUAAUUUUGAGUACCUGACUCGGGACUCAUCGAUCCUGGGCCCCCAUCACCUAGAUGAGUUUGUCCGAAUCUGGGGGGAGUAUGACAGACUGGCCUGUGGGCGCAUUCACUACACGGCCAUGUAUGAGAUGCUGACGCACAUGUCACCUCCUCUGGGUCUGGGUAAAAAGUGUCCAGCUAAGAUAGCCUACAAGCGGCUGGUGUUGAUGAACAUGCCUGUGGACGAGGACAUGAGCGUUCACUUCACCUCCACUCUGAUGUCGCUCAUCCGCACGGCUCUGGACAUCAAAAUAGCUCGAGGUGGUGAGGACCGCAUUGCCUUGGAUAUGGAGCUGCAGAAAGAGAUCAGCAUCAUUUGGCCGUAUCUGCCCCAGAAGACCUUAGGUCUAUUGGUACCUAUUAACAAAGAUACUGACAUGACGGUGGGGAAGAUCUAUGCUUCAAUGAUGAUAAUGGAUUACUUCAAACAGAACAAAGCCAAGAAACUCAGGCAACAGCUGGAAGCUCAGAAGAGUAAUUUGAUGUUUAAGCGUCUGGACGCCUCCACGCUCCCAGAGGACGUUCUGUCCAACACCCAGCCGCUGCCACUGAUGGCCCACAGUGCUGGCUCGGCCUUGACGAGAGGUGGUUUUGUAGCUCUGAGCCCCAUUUCACCUCAGGAGCUGUUCCUGCAGCCCAUCAGCUCAGACGCUGAUGCUAACCAGCAGGUGGGAGAGUGCAAGUGGGGGAUAGAGCUUCCCCUUGGGAAGGGUCUGUGUGUGCGGGCCUCUUCCAUGCCCCGCCUGGCUGUAGAGUUGCAGGCCGAGGCUACAAGCAGCUCCAUGAAGCGUUCAGUGUCCACCGUUGCAGAUGAACGCUUAAAUGGACUCUGGCAGGAGGAAAAAAGUCCGGAAAGACUCUACCGGCCUCGGCAUAAAAGCUACAAGGCAGCUGUUUCCCGGUCUGAGCGCGGCCGUUCCAAGGAGCGCUGCCACCUCCUGUCUCCAGACGCGUCUCGCUGUAACUCAGAGGAGAGAAGCUUGCAGCCUUCUCAAUCCUUCAGCCCAGGGAGGACGAACUUCCAGGAUAAACAGGGGAACAGUUCCGACAGUCCAGUUCCUUCCACGUCAGAGUCCAGUACGCCCAGUGGCCAGCGACCAAUGUCCCAGACCCCAACCAGCUCCCGCCCUCACAUCUCCUACUCCCCACUUGUGUGCCGCACACACACCUCCGUGGGAGAAGAUGAGGAUGAGCAAGGCAGCCCGGAGAGCAUGAGGCGAGGUAAGCCCACGGGGGGCCAUGCAGCAGAGAGGCGGAGAGAGCCCGGCCAUCACUCGUCCCCGCCGCGACGCUACCCCUCUGAGCCUUUCCUGACCUCGCAGGAGGACGACCACAGCCCAGACCCCACAGGUCCUAUGGAGACAUUAACCUUUGAAGCUGCGGUAGCCUGCAGUUUGGGACGCUCAAACACGAUCGGCACGGCCCGACCACGCUGGCGGUCCGGCUGGCAGGUCCCCAAUGGACACUUUAGGAAGCGUCUGGUGCAGACGGCCUCUGCUGCGGGCUGCGACCCUCUCAGUGACACAGAGGAGGACGACAGAUGUUAGGGACAGGACACGAGACAGGAGACCUUUUAGACAAGGGCCAAUCUGCAACCGUGUCCAGAUUAAAGCUUGAUUUGACUUUUCUUUUUGUUUUUUUCAUCUUUAAGGCUCUGACCUCUCCAGGUGGUUAAUAAAAAUACAAAGCAAUGAAGACCAACAGUUCCUGAAACUGUAGAUGAACACAGAACUCUGACAAUCAAUACAAUCUAUUUCCUGACUCAAACUUGAUUUUAAACUGUGAUGAUAAUUCUCCACUAGUUGCCGGAUGCAGUAAAAAUAAUAAAUCAAAUGAAUAGACUACAUAAUACCAUCUGUGUUUUGAUUUUGGACGAUGUUUUCAAAUGAGUCACACUGCUUUAAAAUCUGUGAGGUGUGUGAUUAUGUAACUACAUUUUCUUAGAAAUGAAUUGCUUUUGUAAAUAGACUGGAAAUUAUCUCACCAAUCAUUCAAACUCAAUCAAGACAACAAGCCAUUAUGACAAGGAAAUCUGAACUUUUACCAGACAAUGUCAAUACUUUAUAAUGCUGGAUUUUUCUACAGUGUGAAUGAACAGUUGGGGAACAGAUUGAUCAUUUUUCCUUUUGAUAUUGACAUAAAAGGUUGUGAGAUAUGGAUUUAGCUAUAUUAACAAAAUAAAGAUGCUAACUUGUGUUUUCACCCAGCACAAACAUUUUUUUCACCGAAUCUCAGACCUUUGAAAAUAAACCGGUAACCUUUAAACCAUCAAAUUAAAAGACUCAGUCCAGUUUAAAAACAUCCUUUAAUUUUCUGAAUUACAAUAUCUUAUUUUAGUUUAUCCAAAAUAAAUUUUUUUGUUUAAUAUUCAUAAAUAUUCUAUGAACUAUUGUGGAUUAUGACUGUAGAGAAACUACAAGCCUGCUAUGACACGUUUUGCUUCAAAAUCAUCUUUUCAGUAUGAUUUGCUAAUAAUGUACAGAGAAAAUAUGCUGUUUGUAACAUUUUGGCUUGAAAAAACUAAAUUAGCUUAUGAGAUGAAAGGGCAAAGAGGCCCUUAUAUAAAUAGAAAUAAGUUUUGUUUGUUUUACUUGCCUGAUGUAGGCCAAAUCUGUGAACUUCACUUAACCAAAAACAUGAACAUUUGUAUCAAAAAUUUCAGGAAUGCAACUACUUUGUGGAUUUCCAUGUGUAAAAUAAUUGUACAUACAAAUAAAGGUGUCCUCAAAUUGUCA